AUGUCAAACAUCUGGGGAAGUACGUUAUUUGGUUUGGUUCGCCAAAACUCGACUAAAGCUGGAUACUCCUCGUAUGUUUCUCCCAAAGUGGUAGAGCUUCGUGUAGGGAGAAUAAUAGAAGUGAGAAAACACGAAAAUGCAGAUCGCUUAUAUGUUUCGAAAGUGCAGAUAGCAGAGCACCCCCAGAGCCCGAAGUAUGCUCAGGUUUGCAGUGGACUUGUGGAUCAUAUACCAAUUGAGGCUAUGCUUCAUUCAAGAGUUUGUUUGGUGACCAAUCUAAAACCCAGCAAAAUGCGUGGUAUAAAGUCAGAGGCAAUGCUCCUAGCAGCCACAAAUACUGACGGCUCCAAAGUUGAAAUAGUGAAUCCUCCAAGAAGUAUUCCGUUAGGUACUUUAUUGUAUUUUGAGGGUCAUAAAAAUGAGCAUGAGAAUUCUACAAGACUGAGCUCCUCCCAAUGGAAGAGUAUAGCCGAAAACCUCCAUACAGACUCGAACGGCAAUGUGGUAUAUGGGAAUGAGCAGCCUUUGUUGUUGCGAAACGAAAUAAACGAUGACCCUUGUACUGUUCGACCGCUUACCAAUUGCAAAGUUCGCUGA